AUGGCGGAAUCACGUCCGAACAAGAACUACCCCUACCAGGCGUACGAUUCCGCCACGUGUCUGCUCGACACAUCCAUGCCGUCUGUGGCGCAGAUCACGGGGUGGGAGCUGGUGCCGGCAUUCAACGCCAUGGCGCUCAUGAAGGCCGUCAGCAUGCAGCCCGUCGUCGCCUUCAUCAGCGCCUCCACCUCAGACUUCGCGAUGUACAAGAGCCGCGAUGUGCUCAGAAUCUACGACGGCGUGUGCUUGACGGAGGUGAACCACGCGGUGGUGGUGGUGGGCUUUAACUACACGGGGCCGGACCUCAAAGGCAGCUACUGGAUCAUCAAGAACUCGUGGUACACCACGUGGGGCGACCGCGGCUACAUGUACCUCGCCAUGACGCCCGACGUGCGCGGGAAAUGCGGCAUCCUAUCGUACGUUUCCCGUGUUUGCGCUCAACCGUAUUAG